CAUGUCUCUGUGUCAUUGUUGCUCCAUGUCACACACCUUAGCACACACCAGAUCCCUUCUCUCAUGACUGGAAAACUCUCCUACAACCUCACCCACCACUAAGGAUAAUGUUACCCUGUUCAAAUGUUGCGCUGGUCCUCUGUCUCCUGCAAGUCCUCUGCAUCACUGCAGACAUAGACAGUGGCUCCUUCCUGAUCUUCAACGAGGACCACAACAAGUGCAUAAGGGUGGAGAGUGCCACCUCCAUGACGGUGGCCCCCUGCAAUCCUCAUGCCAAAGAGCAGCAGUUUCGCUGGGCCUCCGAAUCGCGCAUCCUCAGCCUGUCCCUCAAGCUCUGUCUGGGGGCCACAGAGAUUAAAGACUGGGUGAAGGUCCUCCUCUUUGAAUGCGAUGAGAGUAGUGACCUCCAGCAUUGGCAGUGCAAGAAUGAAACCCUCUUUGGCCUAAAAGACCAGGACCUGCACUUAAACUGGGGCAACUUCCAUGAGAGGAACAUAAUGAUCUACAAAGGCUCAGGGUCAUGGAGUCGUUGGAGGAUAUUUGGCACCCGGGGCGACCUUUGUUCAAAGGGGUAUCAAGAGAUUUUCACAAUAGGGGGCAAUGCCUUUGGAGGCCCCUGUCAGUUCCCAUUUAAGUUUGCGGAGAAGUGGUAUGCUGAAUGCACAAAGGAAGGUCGCUCAGAUGGACAGCUGUGGUGUGCAACAGAGAGAGAUUACGAUAAAGUGAAGAAGUGGGGCUUUUGUCCCACCGAAGCAUCCUCAGGUUGGGACACUGACCCGGUCACGGGGGUUCAGUAUCAGAGGAACGUACAGUCAGUGUUGACCUGGCAUCAGGCCAGGAAGAGCUGCCAGCAGCAGGGAGCCGACCUCCUCAGCAUUGUCGAGCUACAUGAGCAGUCAUACAUUUCAGGGUUGACGAGUAUUUUGGGAACAUCUCUUUGGAUCGGACUGAACAGCUUGGAUUUUGAGAGCGGAUGGCAGUGGAGCAACGGGAACCCGUUCAGAUAUUUAAACUGGGCUCCAGGUCAUCCCUCGUCAGAGCCCGGGCUCACCUGUGCAACCCUAAAUGCCGCAAAAGUCUCGAAAUGGGAGAGCAGCGCCUGCACCAAGAAACUUGGUUACAUUUGUCGCAAAGGCAACUCUACCAGUCUGCCUGCACCACCAAGCAAUGACCAGCCCAGCUUCUGCCCGAGUCACUGGGUUCCAUACGCCGGUAACUGUUACUCUCUGCAGAGGAGUAAAAAGAUGUGGAAGGACGCUUUGGCUGCGUGUCGCAAAGAGGGAGGAGAUCUGGCCAGCAUACACAAUAUAGAAGAGCAGAGCUUCGUCAUAUCUCAGUCUGGAUACUUGCCGACCGAUGUGCUCUGGAUUGGCUUGAAUGAUCGGAGGAACCAGAUGCUGUUUGAAUGGUCUGAUCACUCCCACGUUACCUUCACCCAGUGGCAGAGUGAUGAGCCAUCUCACGCCACCAACCUCCAGGAAGACUGCGUCCUCAUCAGAGGAAAGGACGGGAAGUGGGCUGACCACAUGUGUGAGAAGACGCUUGGAUAUAUCUGUAGGAAGACGGCCUCCACUAAACCACCCGAAGGCGCCCAAGAGGACACCAACCCGGGCUGCAAGCUUGGUUCAUUUAGGUUUGGUUCUUAUUGUUACAACAUUGGAUCUGAGACAAAAACCUUAGAGGAUGCAAAGCGGGCAUGCUCAGCGGCUGGCGGUCACGUGGUGGAUGUGACUGAUAGAUAUGAGAAUGCCUUCUUGACCAGUUUGGUGGGUUUGAGACCAGAGAAGUAUUUCUGGACAGGUCUUUCCAACACAAACGACAUAAGCACUUUCAGGUGGACCACCAGAAGAAAAGUCACAUUCACUCAUUUCAACAUGGGCAUGCCAGACAGACACCAAGGAUGCGUUGCCAUGACAACUGGGGUUUUUGCUGGAUUAUGGGAUGUUGUCAGCUGCAGCAACAAGGAGAAGUAUAUCUGUAAGAAGCCAGCAGAGGGUGUACACGUGACCACAGUCCCGCCCACCACUCCGACCCUGAGCUGUGAGUCAGGGUGGACCCCCGUUGCCAACAGGAACGUCUGCUACAAACUUUACAAAAAAACAAGGAAUCUUAAGAAGAAUUGGUCGGAAGCGCGGGACCACUGCAGGUGCAUUGGUGGGGACCUGAUGAGCAUACACAGUACGCAGGACCUGAGCAACACUCCGUUUCAUUCCUCUAGCCCAGCCUGGAUUGGCCUAAGGCUUGGUACCAAUGGAGCUUUUGGAUGGACUGAUGGGUCACCUUUCGCAUUUGAGAAUUGGGGCUAUGGGGAACCGAACAACCACAAUGACAACGAACACUGUGUAGAAGCUCACAUUUACUACGGACGGCACUGGAAUGAUCGGCACUGCGAGGACUACAAUGACUGGCUCUGUGAGAUACGCAAAGGUGUGAUUCCCAAACCUGAACCUACCGUAGUUGAACCAGUAUACAACACCACAGAAGAUGGCUGGCUUAUAUACAAUGACACACAGUAUUUCAUCAACCUUCGAAGUCUAGACAUGGAAGCUGCUAGAGCCUUCUGCAAAAAGAACUUUGGUGAACUUGCGAUCAUCACAGGAGACAGCCAGAGGAAGUUCCUCUGGAAAAAGAUACUGAAAGGCUCAGACUCACAGUACUACAUUGGCAUGACGGUGGAUUUAGAUAAAUCAUUCAGCUGGGUGGAUGGCACCCCCGUGUCGUACACUGCAUGGGAGAAGAAUGAGCCCAACUUUGCUAAUAAUGAUGAAAACUGUGUGACUAUAUACAGGAGCAUGGGGUACUGGAAUGAUAUUAACUGUGGUUAUGAGCUACCUUCUAUUUGCCAAAGAAGCAGUACUUUUAUCAAUGCAACCAUCGCCCCAACCACCGUUUCUAAGGGAGGAUGUGCACCGGAGUGGCUCGCUUUUCAAGGAAAGUGCUACAAAAUAGCUGUGGGGGAUGACAGUAAGAAGUGGCAGGAUGCCAGGACGUACUGCCAAAACCAGGGAGGAAAUCUGGUUUCUAUCCUCAACGCCAGAGAGCAAGCAUUCCUGACAUCGCAGAUGCUGAGAUACAAUGGCGACUUAUGGAUCGGCAUGAAUGAUGUCAACUGGGAGAUGCACUUUGCGUGGACAGAUGGCAAAGGCAUUUCAUACACCAACUGGGCAAAAGGGCAUCCAGGAUCAGUGCCUGAAGGACGUUAUUCAUUUCUGGACGAGACGUUUGACUGUGUGAUCAUGGUGGGCGGCAUCUCCAAACUAACAGGAUUAUGGAAGGUGGAAGACUGUCACUCAAAACAGGGCUUCAUCUGUAAAAGAAACGUUGAUUCUCAGAUUGUAGUCCCAGCCACGACUGUGUUACCAAAGGCUUUCUACAAACUUGGCAAUGACUCGUACAAACUGGUGGCCCAGAAGAUGAGAUGGGACGAGGCGAGGAGGCAGUGCCAAGCAGACGACGCAGAUCUGGCCAGUAUCCGGAACCCUGUCACCCACGCGUACAUCACCUUGCAGAUUUCCAAGCACAAUGAGCCUGUGUGGAUCGGCCUUAACAGCAAUGUGACUGGUGGGCGGUACAAGUGGGUCGAUAACUGGCUGCUGUUUUAUACCAAAUGGGGCACAAAUGAGCCUAAAGACAACUAUGGCUGUGUGUAUAUGGAUGUGGACAGAACAUGGAAGACUGCACCAUGUACCAAUACCUACUAUUCCCUUUGCAAGAGGUCACCAGACAUAGCACCCACUGAUCCCCCACAACUCCCAGGCAACUGUCCAGAACCAAAGAAACGAAAAACCUGGAUUCCUUUCAGAGGCCACUGUUAUUCCUUCCUCAGCUCAGUGUCUCACGCCUGGGCUCACGCCUCAGUUGAAUGCCUGAAAAUGGGUGCGUCUCUGGCGAGUAUCGAGGACCCUCAGGAGAGUCUGUUCAUACAACAGAACCUGGAGCUUCUGCAGGACGGCGCCGCGUCCUUCUGGAUCGGCCUCUACAAGAAUCAUGCAGAUGAGUGGCUGUGGAUCGACAACAAUGUUGUGGACUACGCCAACUGGAAAACAGGGAUGCCAAUGUCCGAAUUAUGUGUGGCCGUCCACUCUGGCAGUGGACAGUGGAGUACAAGCCACUGCGGCAAAUACAGGUCUUACAUCUGCAAAACAGCCAAAGUUAUUACACCUACAGAAAAGCCACAACCUAUUGUCCGGGUCGAUAAAGAACCUUCUCACGGGUCCGCUGGCAUCACUACUGCUGUAGUGCUAGUUGUGAUCGCCGUAGUCGGACUCGGUGCCUUCCUCUUCCGGAAACGGAUACCCAGCCCCGUCUCUGUCUUGGGAGAAAACACCUUUGACAACAAAUUGUACUUCAGCAAUCCGAUCCGAGCCCUCGUAGACACCAAAGGUCUGGUGGCCAACAUAGAGCAGAAUGAACAAGCAUAGAUGAGGUCAGUGGUAAUCAGCACGAUGACAAUGAUGUGAUUAUGGUUUCAUACUUUAUUUUGGAUCACUUUACCGGUAACUGAAUCUCAACCAAAUUACCAUUUAAAGAGGACCGGAUCGAAGAUAAUGAUUCAUUCAUACAAUCACUGGCACUGCACUAAGUGAAUUAGGGACAAGAUAAUAUAAGUGAACAAUCAAUGACAAAUUUUACAUGAUUAUGUGAUUUGUGAAAUGUGUACAGUUUAUUUUUUACUUUUACCAAUCAAGAUAAUCAAUAACAUUUGUAGACCAGUUAAAAAUCAAGAAAGGUGAAGAUGUUUUAUUAAUGCAAUUAUCAAGAUUUUUCUCAACUGGGUUGCUUGUUUUUUAUUCUCCAUGGGCUGCUCAUCAGCCUAUUUCUGGCUUAAGACGUUGUAAAUAGAUGCUCAAUAAAAGAAAAUGAAAU